AUGACUUAUUCUCGUUAUUCUCCUGCCGAAAGUGAACGAUUUGAUCGGCAAUGGCGUGAACUGAAAGAGCGGUACGGGCCCUUCCGCUGGAGCGAAGCGGAACAGCGUUGGUCGUCGACCGCGUUGGAGGUGCCCCGGAGACCGAGAUCCGAAGCCGUGGAGCCGUGGAUCGAUGCCAUCACCGGGCUCUCGGAGGCGGUGCUGAGAAAGGACCUGGAGAAGGUGGACGACGUGCUGAAUUUGGAUUCCAAGUUCAAAUUUGGUGUCCCUGAGUGGGCAGCCUUCAUGGAGACUUUGAAAGGAGAGCUCCUUCCGCAGCGGUUGACCGCCCUGACGUCCUUGAGGCAAACGGGAAUCCCGGAGGCCGUGGAAGUCCUUGGCCUGUUGCUCCGGGAACUUUGGGCUCGGAUCACAGGAGGCAACUCCAAGCUCUGUGACCAAGAGACAACACAGUUGCAGCGAUUGCUGGAUUUGAUGCAGAAGGCCAUCGCAGACUGGGAUCGAGUGAAGGAUCCAAACCAGAUCGAGUGGCGUGGCCACUUCUGCGGACCAAUUUGGUCGCUCCGGCAGAGUCGUGGCAAAGGUCCUCCGGGUCCUGUGGACUACGACGUGGUCUUGGAAGACUUGAGAGACCUCGCAGAGAAAGUCCGAGGCAUUCUGACCUCAAGGCAGACCCCAGUGGAGCAGCCACCAGCAAGUGAAGGUGCGAGACCAAGUGCACCGCAAGUGCCAGAACAAGUGGGUGUGGAGGAUGAACUUCGAAGAAUGAGGCAAGAUUUGACUGAGUUGAAGGGUCUGACGUUGAGUUUGAAGGAAGAAGUGUCCACAUUGCAUCAAGACAAGUUGCAGAUGAAGGAGGAGUUGGAGAAGCUGAUGUCGGAGAAUUACAUAUUGAAAUGCCAGAUGACGGAGAUGGACGACAGGUUGAAGAAGAUGGAAAACGAGUCUUCAGCUGAGAAGGAGCUGCGCCCGAGGCUGCAGAGUGAACACCUGAGGAUGAAGGAUGAGCUGAUGGAGCUGCAGAAUGAGAAGCUGAAGAUGAAAGAGGAGUUGCAGGAGGUGAAGUCAGACAAUGAGAGCUUGAAGCACCCAAUAGCCCGUGUUGAGGAGGAGAUGAAGGAGUUGAAGAAAGAGAUCUCAAUUGCUCAGGAAAGUCAGCAGAGCCUGACGCAUUUACAGGUGGAAGUGAACCAAAUAGUGCAACUUGAGGAGACUCUCAAGAGAUUGGCCUCGGAAUUGCUGAGCACGAAGGCCGAAUUGCAGGAGUUCAGAUUGCAACAGGACGCAUCCGGCAUGAAAGCAGGUCUGGAGAAGCUGGAUUUGCAGAGAGAGCUUCUCAACAUGAAGAAGGAUUUGCAUGAGGUUAGCAUGAAGAUGCAUGAAGUAUGA